GGAACAGAGAGUCCCCUUCAGAGCUAGUCUGAAGCGACCCUCCUGCUCUCUAAGUUCUACAGAUGGAGCUCAGAGUUCGUGCCAGUGCCUGCACUCCCCAGACUCCUGACUCGUGACUCCAACUUGAUGCCCCUCACUGACGGAUGCACCCUCCACCUGGAGUCGCACGUGCAGCGUCCGCCUGUCUUUGGAGCCGGGCAGAGGCCAAAAGCACCGGACGCCGUCCGCCAGGGGCCCGGGAAUGCUCAGUCCUGCGCGCAGCCUCCCGGCGCCAGGGGGCGCGCACCCGGGUCCCUCCUUGCCCCGCCUCCGCGGCGCCGCCCCCGUAGCGGUUGGGAUUUGAAAGUCCGGCGGGCUGCGGCGGAAGUGGUGGCCCCUUAGCCAGGCCAUGGGGACCCCGGCCUCCAGCGCGCGGUGCCCCGUGCAAGAGCAGCGUGCCCGGUGGGAGCGGAAGCGCGCCUGCACUGCCCGGGAGCUGCUGGAGACCGAGCGGCGAUACCAGGAACAACUGGGGCUGGUGGCCACGUACUUCUUGGGGAUCCUGAAAGCCAAGGGGACCCUGCGUCCACCAGAGCGCCAGGCUCUGUUUGGCCCCUGGGAGCGCAUCUACGACGCCAGUCAGGAGCUGCUUCCCUACUUGGAAGAAGGACACUGGGGACAAGGGCUGGAGAGCUUCUGCUCCCACCUGGAGCUCUACACCCAAUUUGCUGCCAAUGCAGAGACGUCCCGGACCACCCUGCAGAGGCAGCUAAAGAAAAACAAACGUUUCCAGAGGUUCCUGCGGCUUCAGGAAGGACGGCCUGAGUUUGGGGGCCUUCAGCUCCAGGACCUGCUCCCCCUCCCUUUGCAGCGGCUCCAGCAGUAUGAGAAUCUUGUCGUUGCUCUGGCUGAAAACACAGGCCCCAACAGCCCUGACCACCAACAGCUUACACGAGCUGCCCAGCUAGUAAGUGAGACUGCCCAGCGCGUCCACGCUAUUGGUCAGGAACAGAAGAAUAACCAGCAUCUCCGGCGUGUCCAGGCUCUGCUCAGUGGACGCCAGGCAAAGGGGCUUACCUCAGGGCGCUGGUUCCUCCGCCAGGGUUGGCUGCUGGUGGUGCCUCCUCGUGGGGAACCUCGGCCCCGCAUGUUCUUCCUCUUCUCCGAUGUGCUCCUGAUGGCCAAGCCCCGAUCCCCACUGCACCUGCUGCAGAGUGGCACUUUUGCCUGCCAGGCCCUCUACCCCUUGGCCCAGGGUCAACUCUGCAGGGUCUUUGGCCAUUCAGGAGGCCCUUGUGGUGGACUGCUCAGCCUGUCCUUCCCCCACGAGAAGCUACUGCUUAUGUCCACAGACCAAGAGGAGCUGUCACGCUGGUACCACAGCCUGACUUUGGCCAUCAGCAGUCAGAAGGACUAGAGGAAUUCUACAAAUCCCAGAACCCAGGAUACCUCAGGCUCAGGGUCAGAGCCAUGAAUACAAAGGAAUCUUCUUCAGUACUAAACUAAUCACAGAACCCUUCAUGGAUUGAGAAGGGGCAUUUUGUGCUUGGUUGGAAUCAAGGCCAGCUAGUCAUUUAAGCAGCACUUCAUCAGGAGACCAAAAUCCCACUCAACUGAACUUCGGUUGAACCAGCUCCUCCAGCACAGAUGAGGAGAUUUGAGACUGAUAAGCUUGCUGCUGUGUCUAUGUCCACUUGCGUAUCAGGAUUGCUGCUUUUUACUUGUGGCUAUUUUUAUGUUGUAUAUAGUUUCUGGAAUUUUUUUCCCACUGGAUUUUAGUAAAGUUUUUUUGUUUUUGUUUUUGAAA